CAGAGACGGCGCCUGCGCGGGCUGCCAUGCUGUCGGCUGGGCGCCGGGUUGCGAUCGUGCUACAGCUGAAGCGCCUGCCGAGGCGGCCAGGGCACGGGGGCUGUUCACUCCUGCGCGGCCUCGGGCAAGAGCCCUUCUUGAGAGCCCGGUCACUGUGUUGCGAUUCCUCGCCCAGAGACACACGAGAUGGAGAGGGAGAGCGCGAGGCCGCACAGGGGAAAGCCCCCAGCGCGGAGUCGCCUCCAUCUCUUCCUCCGCGCGUCCGGGGCUUUGGGACCAGAUGUCUUUCGUCACUGGGAAGGCUCAGGCUGCAGAUGCCGCAGGAGGAGUCACCCCCUCGAGAGCGCGAGGACUCGAACGGAGACCAGGGCCAGUGCUGUCCCGCACACCGGGGAUCCGGGGGUCCUUUGCUGCCCGCCCUGGCCCAGUCCGCGACCGAGGUAGAAGAGCUUCACGUCUCCUCUUCCUGGUCAGCUCCCAGAGAGGGGCCCUUUCGGGCUGGGGAGCUGAUCUUAGCUGAGACUGGGAAGAGAGAUACACGAUUUAAAAAAUUGUUUAGGUUGAGCAAUGCCGGACACUUAAAUAGUAGCUGGGGGACAGUGCCGUUCAGCGAGAUCGUGGGGAAGUUUCCCGGCCAGAUACUGAGGAGUUCCUCUGGUAAGCGUUUCAUGCUGAGGAGGCCGGCACUGGAAGACUAUGUAUUACUGAUGAAAAGAGGGCCUGCCAUAACGUAUCCAAAGGAUAUGAAUAUGAUACUGUUGAUGAUGAAUAUCCACCCAGGUGAUACUGUUUUGGAAGCUGGCUCGGGCUCUGGUGGAAUGAGUUUAUUUUUAUCCAGAGCAGUUGGAUCACAAGGAAGAGUCAUAAGUUUUGAAAUACGAAAAGACCACCAUGAACUGGCUAAGAAAAAUUACAAACACUGGCGUGAUUCAUGGAAAAUGAGUCAUGUAGAAGAGUGGCCAGACAAUGUGGAUUUUAUUCAUAAGGAUAUUUCAGGAGCAAGUGAAGACAUAAAAUCUUUAACAUUUGAUGCGGUAGCUUUGGAUAUGUUGAAUCCUCAAGUUGCUUUGCCUGUUUUAUACCCAAAUCUUAAACAGGGUGGUGUAUGUGCUGUCUACCUAGCAAACAUCACACAGGUCAUUGAACUUUUAGAUGGAAUUCACAUCUGUGAACUUGCUCUCUCAUGUGAAAAGAUAAGUGAAGUCAUUGUCAGAGAUUGGUUGGUUUGCCUUGCAAAACAGAAAAAUGGAAUUUUAGCUCAAAAAGUAGAACCUAAAAUCAACACAGAUUUACAGUUACAUUCUCUAGAGAAAAUUAGACUUGAAGAUGAGAUGUUUCAAGAGGAUGAACAUGAAGAAUCACAUUCUGAUUUUCCAUAUGGAUCAUUUCCCUAUAUUGCUAGACCUAUACACUGGCAAACUGGUCAUACAGCUUUUCUUGUCAAGUUGAGAAAAUUCAAACCACAACUUAACUGAGUACCUCAGAUGACAACUGAUAUGAAGACGGAAAAAUAUUAAAAUAGAGCUUUAUACUGCAAAUCACUACUUUCAUAGAUUGGUAUUUUCAGCUCUUAUUAUGAUUUGUAUAACUUUUACAUAUAAUUUUGAAAAAUAACAAAAGUUAAAGAAAGAUGUUUAACAUUUCAAAACUACUUAAAUGUCCCAUUUGGACACUUGUCUUGCAGUUAGUACUUAAUGAUUCCACAUUGGUUUAGUUGAGCCAUCUCAUUCUUCACUUCCUGUAAACCACUCCAUAGAUUUAUCUUUCUCCAUGAAAUUAGUUUUCUUUUCUUUGUUUGAUUGAUGGUCAUUGGCUACCAAAAUAAAAUAUGCAUUUUAAGAUAAAUUUUAUGUAUCUCUGUAUUUUAAAUACAUGUUUUAAUGGCUUGUAUGUAUCUUAAAAAAUAAAGAAAUCUGGGUUCUAGUAAAUAAUAGGGGGAAAACUGAUAAGAAUGAUCUGACCACCUUAAAAAUUAUAACAGAAGAUGUAACAAUUCUUGAAUCUCUUAUCCUUUGCAGAAUGAUUUUAACCAGUUUGAAAGAACAUCCGAUUUGUUCUUUUAUUGCAUAAAUUAAAUGUUGUUUGGAGAAAUACACUUUAUAAAUAUGAAUUAAUUAGGACCAGGGCUUAUUAUCAUUUAUCGGUACCAGUUAUUUAGCACUUACCAUGUGCCUUACGUUGUUUUAAGAACUUUAUAAUGUUUUUUCAUUUAAUAUGUCUAGCUCAUCUUUAAGGUUAUCCAUAUCUUACAGAUAAACAAAAGCUUAGAGUACUUAGGUUAUUGUUUAAAUAUAGAUAUUUUAUAGGUUUUAAAGUGGUAGUGCUUGAGAGGAUAAAUGCUGCCAUUCCUGGAUUUAUCCCUUAGGCUAGCACUAUUUAAAGUAAUAAGUAUAUGCUAAGUAACAUUUUACAUAUUUUUAUUAUGUGGAAAAUUUUAACCUAAAAUCUCUGCCUUUAUAGACUUUACAAUCUAUGGUAGAGCUAGACAUUAAAUAAUCACACAAAUAUAAAACUAAACUGUUAUAAAUGCUCCAAAGAAGUAUAAGGUACUAUAAUAGGGGUUUUGCUCUGGUCAAGUAAUUAUCUGUGCAAGUGACAAUUGAGCUGAGACCUGAAUGGUAAGUAGGAGUUAACUACAGCAGGGAAAAUGAGAACAAAAAGGCCAGUGAUGCUGGGGUUGAGUGAAAGAGAGUGGAGAGAUAGGUAGGAGUCAGGCCAUGCAGGAUCUUGUAGACCAUUAAGGAGUUUGUCUAUCCUAAGAAAAAUGGGGUGCCACUGAAGGAUUUAAUGAAGUAAGGGGUAACAGCCUUAGAUCUGUGUUUUGAAAAAAAUCACUCUCUUUGCAUUUGGAGAACUGAUUGAAUCAUAAGCAGGGUAUUUUUCUGGUGUCAUAUUUCUGUAUGGUAAGUAUCUGAACUCAUACAAUAAUAAUGGCUUUAUAGUUUUCGUAAUAUUUCCAGAUAUAUAGAAGCUCCGAAGUACGUUUUUAAAUUCCAUGAUGGAAUACUCCCUUUUCUUCUGCCAGUCUAUUUAACUAUAGUGAAAUUAUGUCCUUCAUUUAUUGUUUUGAACGCAAGCUCUAAAUGUACUACUUGGAGAAGGGGCUGACUUGAGAUCAAAGAAAAGUUGUGCCUUCUACUUCUAUUUCAUGUAGAAUAGUUUCUGUUCACUACACUGUGCUCAGAAGAUGUUGAAUUGAACAAGACCUCUCUAACAGUGUCAAUUCUAGUACUGAGUUGAAUUGAAAACCAAACUACAUAAGCAACUAAGCAUUUAUUUAUAUAGUUAUCAAAGUCCAGCUUAAGCCCUUUCUCCAUCUCUCCAUCAAACGUUAGCAUGUUUACAGUCUGGCUCAUGGGGCAGAUGCCUUCUUCUAAAGCUAGCUUUCUCUGUUCAUGUCUGGCUCUCAUUUACCAUACUGUAAACUCGUGGAGAUUUGUGACUGACUCACAACUGUCUUCCCAGUACCUUCCAGAGGCCUCACCUUUUCCACCCAGUAAAUGAUCGAUAAAAGUUUGCUGAUGACUUUAAGCCUUUAACUCGGUCAUGUAUUGUGUCAUCUGUUGACUUUGUUAUUCUAGGGGGAAAUUUAGUUAUAUAGCUCUUGGAUUAUGGAAGCCUUUGGGUUUUAACUUUAUACUUCAGAGGCAGUAGGGAACUUCUGAAAGUUCCAUCGUCAUGUAAAAGGAGACUAUUUUUUAAAAGUCUGUUUAGUGGUGUCUAUGAGUAUUUAAAGGAAGGAAAAAACUGUUAAAUGAGAAGUUUCAUAGUAAUAUAUAGUGUACAACUAUGAGGUGAUUGGUAGUAAUAUACAACUAUGAGGUGUGGAAAAGGGGCAGAUGUAAAAAAAUAUUGUGAAGGAAGAACCAGAUAAGCUGGUGAUUCAUUGAAUGUAGAGGGAGAGAGGCUAUGUAUUUUCAAACUUUUAUCUGCUAUUCAGAAGCCCUUUCUCUUACUUCUCUGGGCAAAAUAGGACUCAGUUAAUGCCCAGCUCAUACAUUACUUCCUCUGAAAAGCCUUCACUAAGUCUCUCACCCCACAGAAUUCUGGAAUCUUUUGUGCUCCUAAAUGUUGAUCAUAUAGUUAGCAUUGCCGUUAUCAUAUCAUUAAUUUAUAAGCCCUAAUAAUGCCUUCAUUAAAUGUAAGGAUUUUAAACCUGGAUGAAUUGAACAGUGGUAAUGACAAAAAUAAAGUUCAGAGAAGGAUUUAUUUUUGAGGAAAAAUUACUUGGUUUUAUAUUAUAUAACAAUGCCCCAUGCUUGCCUACAUGACCCAGGACUAAGGUUUGGUAUAUUGUUUUUUUUCCUUGGCUCUACUCUAAAAUCUUAGGAGUCCUCAGAUAAUACAUAAUAACACUUACUCAUGUUUCAGAUGGACUAGCCUAGGUAUCAUAAGGCUUGAGACAGCAUAAAGUAAAGAGAAACAGUGUAAUUUAGUUAGUAUAAAAAUGUGCUGUGUACUCAGAUAGAACUGGGUUCCCAUCUUGCUGUUUUUGUUGUUGCCGUUGUUUUACUUUGCAACUGUGACUUUUCUCAGUUUGUUUCUUCAUCAGUGAAAUCAGUGUCAUAAUGCCACUUCAAGAUUUCUUGGGGGGUCAGGUGCUAAAUGAGACUAGACUGUCUUUAUAAAGUGCUGGUAUAUGAUUGGUGAUUGUGAUGUAUGUAAAUUUGUAAAGAAUGCCUCAUCUAUCCCCCCCAACCUUGUCAAAAAAAUAUUUUGUUCUUAAUAAAUGUCAUAACAUGUUUAUGUAAAA